AUGACUUCCAAACUGUCCGCGAUGCUUCUUCCCGGGGACGACUCAAAGGGCGAAAAAGAUGCCAAACCGGAGCUAGAAGAGAAAAAGAAUGCACAAUCUGCGCAAGGUGCUGUACGAUUUACUUCGGACGACGAGGAAAUAGACCCUCUCGAUGAGUCAAGACGGAUAUCAGAGGCUAGCGGGGUCAAGAACGAGGAGCUUAGCCCUGAGGCACAUGAACAGAUCCGGAGCCUGGCCAUGUCGUUGCAAAAGUCACGGUUACAAGAGAGCAGGAUGGCCAAUUUUGCAUACGAGACAGUCUCGAUGCCUCCGUCCCGGGUCCCUUCGAGAGACAGUGAGGCGCCCGGGACUCCUCGUGGCUCUAUAAGACACGGUCACGGUUCCAUGUCCUCUGCUUUCCAGUCCCCACCGUUGACACCGCAUGGCUCAAAGGAUGGCAAACAUGAUUCUGUGUCUGCUGGGCGGGGUCAAUCCGGCCAAAAUGCUAUAACUCCACAGACAUCGCCUCCUCCAGACCAGCACGGCAGAGCAUUAUCGCAGUCAAUAUCCCCUUCCCAGCCUGUCCCGUCUUCCUCGAACGAGCAGCCCUCAAGUAAGCCUGACCAGGGGCAGGAAAGAAGAGUAGCCAGAUUUGAGAUUGGACCUUCCGAGUCAACAAGUCCUGCGGACCAAAGUCCAGUGGGAACGCCCAAGCUUCGACCCUCGUCACCUCAACCCGGCGGCCAGCAGAAGCAGACUGAGCCACGUCACUUCGGAAGUCUUGGAAGGGGCUCGCUUGCCCCGGCCAUCGCAGCUGCCGCUGAGCGGAUACCGCGGCAGCCAAGUAGUAGCGAUAUCUCUGGGUCGGAUAAGCGCAGUUCAAUCUUCGGACCAAGCAAGAAAGACCCUUAUUCUCACGUCACAGAUAGCGGCAACGAGAGGACUGGUCUAGAAGGGAAGAAGCAUGGAUCAAUGUCUGAACUGAAGCGAUUUUUCAGACUUGGUCACGGCCACAAGAAGCACAGCACACCACAAGAGUCUCCAGCAGCAUCCGUUCCAGCUUCACGGAAAUCUACUAAUCAGAAAUCCGGCACCAGAACACCUCCUCACCAAGCUCCCCCCGCCAAUGUUCCCUUUAUGGAUGAUCACAGCCUUGAGGCCAAAUAUGGCAAGUUCGGCAAAGUCUUGGGUUCCGGAGCCGGUGGCUCUGUGAGGCUACUCAAACGGAGCAGCGAUGGAGUCACUUUUGCCGUCAAGCAAUUCCGAGAAAAGCACUCCUGGGAAAGCGAGAAAGACUAUUCGAAGAAGGUUACGGCAGAGUUCUGUAUCGGAUCAACCUUGCAUCAUGGCAAUAUCAUCGAAACCAUGGACAUUAUCCAUGAAAACCAUCGAUGGUAUGAGGUGAUGGAAUAUGCACCAUACGAUCUGUUUGCAAUUGUGAUGACAGGAAAGAUGUCGAGGGAGGAGAUUGCGUGCGCAUUUCUCCAGAUUGUCAAUGGUGUCAGCUACCUGCACAGCAUGGGGCUCGCACAUCGUGACCUCAAGUUGGACAACGUGGUGGUUAGCGAGCAUGGGAUCAUGAAGUUGAUCGACUUUGGCAGCGCCACCGUGUUCAGGUAUCCGUUCGAAAACGAGAUCGUGCUUGCUUCGGGUAUCGUCGGAUCUGACCCAUAUCUUGCUCCUGAGGUGUAUGAGGAAAAGAAGUAUGAUCCGACGGCUACUGACAUCUGGUCACUGGCCAUUAUCUUCUGCUGUAUGUCUCUACGCCGUUUCCCGUGGAAGCAGCCGCGACUUGUGGACAACUCCUACAAACUGUUCGCAUCUCCGCCCACCCCCGGCACACCGGUCCCCGAUUCUCAUCCCCGAAAGCACUCACCGCUGAACCCGAUUGAUGAUCACUCUACUUCGCGGCACAAUUCGGAAGCCAACGGCGGUACCCAGUCCUCACACCACGGCCAUCACCAUUCGGAGAGCGUCGACGAAGGCAGGCCUUCCACCUCUGGUGGUGACAAGCAGGAAGUAAUCAAAGGACCGUGGCGGCUUCUCCGGAUCCUCCCCCGCGAGAGCCGGCACAUCAUCGGACGCAUGCUCAAGAUCGAUCCGGCGGAACGAGCGACUAUGGAGGAAGUCCUUGAAGACGACUGGGUGCUCAAUGCGAAGGUGUGCUAUCAAGAGGAGAACGGCACUGUUCACCACGCUGAAGGCCACACCCACGUGUUGGAGGCUGGUUCGGGAGGUCCGCCACCACCCAAAUAG